AUGGCGAGAACCCUUUCUGUCCUCGGGCUGCUCACAGCGGUGGCUUCGGCUGCAGUUAUCCGCAGAGACUACCUCAGUGAAGACGCCCUCUCAACAUGCCCGGGCUACCGAGCUUCCAACGUCCAGACCUCCUCUACCGGCCUGACCGCAGAACUUUCCCUAGCCGGCGAAGCCUGUAACGCUUACGGCACUGAUUUGACCGACCUGACUCUGACUGUCGAGUAUCAGACUGACACUCGCCUCCACGUCAAGAUCCAGGAUGCCGGAAACCAGGUCUACCAGAUCCCCGAGUCCGUAUUCCCCCGCCCCGAUGCCGGCGGCGUGAGCACGGAGGGAUCCAAGCUUCGCUUCAACUACACCGAGAGCCCCUUUGCCUUCACCGUGAGCCGGUCCGAUACGGGCGAGGUCCUCUUCGACACCUCGGGCACCAACAUUGUCUUUGAGAGUCAGUACCUGCGCCUCCGCACCAAGCUGCCGGAAAACCCCAAUCUCUAUGGCCUGGGCGAGCAUUCCGACCCCUUCCGUCUCAACACCACUGAUUACGUCCGCACGCUGUGGUCCCAGGACUCAUACGGCAUUCCCGCCGGGGCCAAUCUGUACGGAAACCAUCCUGUCUACUACGAGCACCGCAAGAACAGCACCCAUGGAGUCUUCUUCCUCAACUCCAACGGUAUGGAUGUCUUCAUCAAUAAGACGGGUGAGUCUGGCCAGUACCUUGAGUACAACACGCUUGGCGGGGUUCUGGACUUUUACUUUGUGGCCGGACCCUCUCCCAUCGAGGUGACCCAGCAGUAUGCUCAGAUCACCGGAUUGCCCGCCAUGAUGCCAUACUGGGGCCUGGGCUUCCACCAGUGCCGCUAUGGAUACCGUGACGUCUUCAACGUUGCUGAAGUUGUCUACAACUACAGCAUCGCCGAGAUUCCCCUCGAGACCAUGUGGACAGACAUUGACUACAUGGACAGGAGAAGAGUCUUUUCCCUCGACCCGGAGCGCUACCCUCUCGCAAAAGUGCGCCAGCUCGUCGACAAGCUUCACGAGAACGAUCAGCACUACAUUGUUAUGGUAGACCCUGCAGUGGCCUACGUCGAAUCCCCCACCUUGCAACGCGGUAUCGAAGACAACAUCUGGCUUCUCCGCAGCAACGGCUCCGUCUGGGUCGGCGUGGUCUGGCCCGGUGUGACUGUCUUCCCCGACUGGUUCGCCGAGAACAUUACAACGUACUGGAACAACGAGUUCGCCGACUUCUUCUCGGCCGACGACGGUGUCGACAUUGACGCCUUGUGGAUUGACAUGAACGAGCCCUCCAACUUCCCCUGCUACUUUCCCUGCGACGACCCCUACGCCUCCGCUGUCGGCUACCCCCCUGAGCCGCCACCGGUCCGCGAAAAUCCCCGCCCCCUUCCCGGCUGGCCUUGCGACUUUCAACCUCCUGGGACUGACUGCGGCAACAACCAAACCAAGCGAUCUGAUGUCUUUGCUCGCAAGGACGUCUCUCCUAGGACGCUCCCUUUCAACCAGAACUUUGACAAUCUGAUUAUUGCCGAGAGACAGGCAUCCGGCGACCAAAAGGGCCUUCCGGACCGCGACCUCCUCUUCCCCAAGUACGCCAUCCAUAACAAGGCAGCAUGGGACACGGCCUCGAACGCGGCCCGCGGCGGCAUCUCCAACAAGACGGUCAACACGGACGUCAUCCACCAGAACGGCCUCGCCAUGUACGACACUCACAACCUCUACGGGUCCAUGAUGUCGGUAGCCUCCAGGACCGCAAUGGAGGCCCGCCGCCCUGGUCUUCGGCCUCUCAUCAUCACACGCUCGACCUUCGCCGGCGCCGGAGCAGCCGUCGGUCACUGGCUCGGUGACAACCUUUCCAACUGGCAGCUGUACCGCAUCUCCAUCUCCCAGCUGCUUCAGUUUGCCUCCGUCUACCAGGUUCCCAUGGUCGGCUCCGACGCCUGUGGCUUCGGCGACAACACCACCGAGCAGCUGUGCGCACGCUGGGCCGCUCUCGCCGCCUUUUCGUCCUUCUUCCGCAACCACAACUCCAUCGAUAGCAUCUCGCAGGAGUUCUAUCUCUGGGACACCGUGGCGGACAGCGCCCGCAAGGCAAUCACUAUCCGCUACCGCCUUCUCGACUACAUUUACACGGCGCUGCACCAGCAGACGGUCGACGGCACCCCGCUCAUCAACCCGCUCUUUUACCUGUACCCGGGAGACGAGAAGACCUUCGGCCUCGACCUGCAGUACUUCUACGGCGACGCCGUUCUCGUCGCGCCCGUCACCGAGGAAAACUCGACCUCUGUCGAUGUCUACCUGCCCGACGACGUCUUUUACGACUGGUACACCCACGAGACGAUCCAGGGCGCCGGCGCGACGGUUACCCUGAAGGACCAGGACUACACCACGAUCCCCCUCUUCAUCCGCGGCGGUUCCGUGCUGCCCCUGCGCGCCAACAGCGCCAUGACAACCACCAAGCUCCGCGAGGAGAACUUUGAGCUGCUGAUUGCCGUGGGACGGGACGGCACUGCCAAGGGUAAGCUGUACCUCGACGACGGCGUCAGCCUGGAGCAGGCGGGCGUCACGCUCGUCACCUUUGACUACAAGGACGGAAAGGUUUCCGUGGAUGGCGAGUUUGGCUACAAGACGCCGCUCAAGGUCUCCAAGGUCACGCUUCUCAGCGGAGGACAGACCGGAAAGAGGCAGGAGGCUGUCAAGACGCUUGAGGUUGACAAGCCCCUGACGGGGCCUUUCGUGAUCGAUAUCAACUAG